GAGGCAGACUGAUUCUUGAGUAGGGACAUGUAGAGAUGCUGUUCUGAACUAUGGAGGGAAAGAAGUGGUCUUGGAGGACAGGAUAUUUAUUGUACAAGAAAUCCUGGGAUUUACAGUUCCUGAGAGCAAGUCUCCAAGGAUCUCUGGGCCCGCCGAUUUUGUGUCUGGGUCUUCCUCCACCCAGGUUAAUGAUUCUGAGAUUUAAAGGAACUUUAUCAGCAGCGUGUCUGGCCUCUGGAGAGAAAUUCUGGGAGGUGGCAAGCCCCACCCAGUCUUCCCCGAGGGAGAAGGAGGUAUCUGCUCUGAUCUGCCCCUCCCUUUAGCCACCUCACCUUCCCUCCCAUUCUCUUGACCCUUAAUUCCUCCCCAUGACCUUGGGUUGCCCCUUGGCCCUUUGCUGCCUCAGUUCCCCAAAUUGGCAGGGAGAGAGAAAGAGAAAGGUGGGGGGGAGAGGAACCUCUUUUUUUUUUUUUUUUUUUUUUUUAUCACGGAACAGUAGUCAUUGGGAGGUGGCGUUUUAUUGCAUAUCAGGAUGGGGAAGGAAUAUAGGAGAGGUCACGUAGGUCUCAGUAGGUGGGUAGUGUUUUUGUGCAUCUGUCUGUGCUUGGGUUUGAGGGUCUCCAUGAUCCACGGGGCAGUGCCCACCUAUGUGAGCCUGUGCUUUGGUGCGCGCCUGUGUUUUUGUAUGUGGGUCUGUCUCGUCUAUGUGGAUCUUUGUGUCUGUAAGGCUGUCCUCUGUGUCUCUGUGUGCUCAAUCCACAAGUGGUUUCUGGGCCUUUACCACAGACCCCCCCCAAAGGCCCUGAGACUUUGUGAUUUUGUUUUGGAUUUUGGGGGAAAAGUGGUUGUGAGUUCUCCCCCCACCUCCCAGGUCAGCUCCCCAGCUACUCAGGGCCAUUAGACAAAUUGUUAUUUGCAUUAACAAGUGUGUCAGGGACCGGCCAGGAACAGCCCCAGCAAUUGUCCCUGACUGGCACUCGCCUUUAUGGUGGGGCUCCGGGAACCUGCAUUUUUAGGAGCCGGAGUCCCUAGGGGAGGCCCAGCAAAGCUCUAAACACCAGUAAAUAAUGCCUCCCCCUCGCCUAUCACCGGGGCAGGGGUUAGGUGGGGGAGGGGGCGGGGUCAGAGGUGGAGUCAGGAGUGGCGAAGCCCCCCCCACCCGACAGACCUCUACCCCCACCCCAGCCAAAGGAUACCCAAGUUCAUUCUCAGCCCCCCCCUCUAUUGUUUUAAAGGGCCAAUAGCUGGGAUGCUAUUAACAUAAUGAUUGAAAGCUCUGGGCCCUGGGUGGGAGGGGAGGGGUGAGACUUGUCCCCCAGCACUAGUCCAGGACAGUCUACUCUUCAAAGUCUGAGGGGGCCUCACCCCCCCUGUGUACUCUGAGGUCCAAGUGCCUACACGGUCAGUCCGGUCCCCCAGUCGCUGCGGCUCCACAUCCAUCUUCAGGACCAAGAAGCCGAGGCCGAGGGGGAGGUCUGGGUCCCGUCCACAGCUGCGGCCCGCCGAGUCAAGCUGGGCAUGUUUAACCACGAGGGGCUCCCUCCGGGCAACUUCGGCCUGGGCCAGGGCCCGAUGCCCGACGGGUCCUCACACUACGGCAAAGGCGGCUACGUCGGGGGCAGCGCCCCGAGACCGUCCCAGCCCCAGCCGCCGUCCCAGACCUUCUUUCCCUUCCCUUCGGCAGUGAAGAGCGAGUACAGCUUGGAGGGACCCUCGGCUCCCGACUCCAGCCAGACCAAGGGGUGGUACGCCUUCACCGCGCCUCCACCCCCGGCCGAGGCCGGCCAGGCCGCGGCCCCCCACAACUUGCACCUCAUGCCUCCCAAAGAGGAAGACUCUUCCUGCGCUUCCCCUUCCUCCUCGUCCUCCGGAGCUCCUGAGCGGGACCUCAGGGAGACCGUCGUCCCUGAAGCUAAGUACUGCGCCCGUCCGGGCCCAGCCUACUACGCCCCUGCUUGGACGGGGCCCUUCUGGCCGGGCUUGGGGAGCAGCAGCUCGGUUCCCAGCGGGGCCCUUCCGGGGCCCCCUCUCCCUCCCCAUCCUCUGCAGGCUCUGGGGAGCUUCUCCGGCCCCAGGCCCCUUUACCCAGCCCCCCUCCAGCAGCCCCAGGCCGGGCUGGGCAACAGCAGUGCUAACACCAGCGGCAGCAGCAACAAUGUCAGCAGCAGCAAUGUCAGUAGCAGCGUCAGCAGCACCAGCGGCUCCAGCGGGGCCGCCAGUGAGGAGGGCAUCCCGUCCAGCGACAGCGGGGAGGAGGACACCCCAACCUCUGAGGAGCUGGAGCUGUUUGCCAAAGAACUGAAACACAAGCGCAUCUCUCUGGGCUUCACUCAGGCUGACGUGGGCAUGGCCUUGGGCACGUUGUAUGGAAAGAUGUUCAGUCAGACUACCAUCUGCCGGUUCGAAGCCCUGCAGCUGAGUUUUAAGAAUAUGUGCAAGUUGAAACCGCUCCUUCAGAGGUGGCUGCAGGCUGUGGAGAACACGGACAACCCCCAGGAGGCUCUAGCUGUGCCCUGUCCCCCCCAGAUGUGCAGUAUGGAACAAGUGCUAGCCCAGGCUCGAAAGCGUAAACGUCGCACGAGUAUUGAGACCAGUGUGAAGGGGACCCUAGAGGGCUUCUUCAGGCGGUGUGGGAAGCCCACUCCACAGCAAAUCUGUGACUUGGCAGAAGAGCUGCACCUGGACAAAGAUGUGGUCCGAGUCUGGUUCUGCAACCGCAGGCAGAAGGGCAAGCGGCUCCUUCUGCCCUACGGGGAGGACGCCGAAGCCCUGCCCUACGAGCUGGCCCCGGGCACCGCCCUCGUGCUGCCGACCGCCGCCGUGCCCCAGAACUAUGCAGCGCCGCCGCCGCCCGUGGCCCCCGCCCUCUACAUGCCCGCCUUCCCCAAGGGGGAGCCCUGCCUCCCCGGCAUGCCCAUGCCCAACGGCGGCCUCUGAGCCGGCGCCGCGGCGUAGGAACUCACGGGGCGCCAGGCGCCCCGCCCCCCGUGCCCGGCCGGCCCCGCCCCGCUGCCCCAUCCACACCGGCCCCGGGCCCUCCCUGUGCCCCCCGCCCGCCUCUAGGUCUCUGGGCGUCUGAAACUAUUCAGGUCUUUUUUCUCCCCCUUCUUUCACCUCAUGCCCCCGAACUGUUUGGGGGCUAGUUCGGAAAUAAAAAGUUGGGUGGUAACUGA